CUUCAGGCCUGUGGCCAGAGGAGCUCGGCACAAACGAAGGCCAUCAAACAUCCCAGUCGAGCCCAGAAGACACGAACGAUUCCCGGCGUCAUCUGGAGGCUGUAUGUCCCAUCUGCGCGCCUCUUGAAAUUUGGAUGCCACUCCGGUUGGAGGUUGCGCUGCACCCCGAGGACUAGAUGCGAUAACCAGGACGAGAUAUGCCGCAGCCGAAAUCACGAAAGAUCGCCAUCCUCGGGUACAGAUCCGUAGGAAAGUCCUCUUUGACCAUUCAGUUUGUGGAAGGCCAGUUCGUGGACUCGUAUGACCCAACAAUAGAAAACACGUUUACUAAAAUGAUCACAAUAAACGGACAGGAGUACCAUCUUCAGCUGGUCGACACAGCAGGACAGGAUGAAUACUCUAUCUUCCCACAGACUUACUCCAUAGAUAUCAAUGGUUACAUUCUGGUCUAUUCCGUUACAUCUAAUAAAAGCUUUGAAGUCGUACAAGUUAUCCACGAAAAACUGUUGGACAUGGUGGGAAAGGUUCAAGUACCAAUUAUGCUCGUUGGGAACAAGAAUGACCUACAUAUGGAGCGAGUAAUCAGUUGUGAAGAGGGAAAAGCAUUAGCUGAAUCCUGGAACGCUGCCUUCAUGGAGUCCUCUGCUAAGGAGAACCAGACGGCCGUGGAAGUUUUUCGGAGGAUGAUCCUGGAGGCAGAGAAGAUGGACGGCGGCGUGCAGCCAGGAAAAACCUCCUGCUCCAUGAUGUAGAGCCGCCCAAUCAACACACAGGACACUGCACUGGGAUAUCCCGUUACUUGAAGGCUAGCUGCCAGUUCUCCUCCACCUCAGCUGACUCCACCCCCCCAGAGUCCUAAAUAUCCAAUACUGUCUAUUUAUGGCUCUGAAUCCACUGUUAUUUAUCAAUAUUUCCUACCCCCCCACACCCCCUCCCCUUGUCAUCCUUGUUUUUCUUCAUGUGUUUGAUUAAAAAAGAGUGGUGGUUCCCUUGUCUUAUAUUUACCCACAAUCCACCCCUUCUCCAUUUCUGUGUUGGGCACUGGUGCAACAAACACACAGAGCAUCAUUUGGGUGUAUCAGAAAAAAAAAAAUUGUUUUCCUGUGCCGAGAAGUGACGAGAACCGCAAACCGAGGCCAGACACAGUAUGGGCUUGAUUUAUCUGAGCAUCUCAUUAUGCACCCUCCAUCACAGGCUGCGAGCCCUUAUCAGUUUAAACAACACAAGGUGGGAGAAGACCGGGGGAGAUGUCAUGUCUGCCAUGCAAAUGCUCUGAGAACGGUUUAGUAAACAGACGUUUCUUCUGAUACAUCACCAAGCUGUUUGGUCCCUCUGGUAAAACAGCUUUUUUUUCUACUUCAUCUCCACCUCUCUGUCCCCUCAGUUUGUUUUCUUAGCAGUUACUGUCAGCCCCCCCCCCCCAAAAAAAAGAUCUGCAUCCAUUUUCUAAUGUUGAAAAUGUUGUACAAAUGUUUUUGAUUGUAAUCAUUAAAGCAAAAAGUGGUUAUGUAAAGCAGGCUGGAGUGGGGAUCGUUCGUUUUGGCUGACGAUUGUGAUGUCAAAGAUAAUUAAGUAAUAAAUACAGUAGAUACCCGAUAUUAAAGGUCUUAAAUAAAUUGUUGUGCAAUAAAGAAAA